AUGGAACAGAAUUUUACGCUUGGAGAAUUUUACGAAGAUUUUGGUUGCAUGUUAACGAAUUAUAAAUGUGGAGAAAACAUGGAAUUUCAUUUCAUAAAUCGCCUUAUUGUUUCCAAUAAAACUUGGCAUGAAAAAUGUAUAUAUCGUUGUUCUUGUAUUAGUAAAGAAUACAUGGAAUUAGACGGACAGUGCCUAAAAAAUCUUGCUUUAUGGUGCAGUGGACCUGAUUGUAAAAUCGGCCGACGGAUUUACGAUAGAAGAUGUCAGUUAAGCGAAAUGAAAUGUGCUCCAAAUAUGGUUUUUAAAACGAUUAAUAAUGUUUUAUAUGCGUAUUGUAUUCAAGAAUGUGUUUGCGAUGAAAAUUCUCAGCAAGAAGGCGAUCGAUGUAUUCCAAAGGCUAAGCAUCUAAGCACAAUUGAUCCUCUUUUCACCAAUACCAAUUUUAUGUCUUUUACUCUCGGACAAACAUAUAAAGAUUUUGAUUGCCGAUUAACAAAUAGUCCAUGCGGAAAAAAUAUGGUAUUUGUACCUUAUAUGUUGUUUUACACUUGGGGCAUUUCAUCUUUUCGUACGAAUUGCGUUCAACGCUGUUCAUGUAUCACGGAUCACGGUUACAAGGAAAUCAAUGGUCAGUGCAUUUAUAAGACAACGGAAAUUGCGAAAAAUGCAAAAAUGUCUACAAUAACCACAUUCGAGAACAUCGAUUUUAAAUCUUUUACGAAUGGGCAAACAUAUAAUGAUUUCGAUUGUCCGUUAACCAAUACAUGCGAAAAGAAUUUGUGCAGAACAGAAUCGUGCAAAGUUAACGAAAUGGUCGUUGAUAUAGGAUGUAAUUUAACUGGGCAAAAAUGUGGUACAAACAUGAUAUUCGAGCUUGCUAGCCAAGAAAUUACUUAUGCAUCCAAAUCGCAAUAUUGUAUCCAACGAUGUGUUUGUGAAAGCAAGAAAUUUAUUCCGAGAAUAUUUUAUUGUGAAAGUGUAGAAGUUCAAUUAAAAAACGAUAUAGUACCGACCGAAUUUCUUCGAUAUUGUCCACAAGUCAAUUAUAAUUUGGAGGAAGAAAUCACUGAUCUGGGUUGCCGUUUAAUUGGUUCUAAAUGCGGAAACAACAUGGUUUUCGUUGCCAUGGAACAAUUUUUUGUUAGCGAAAAUUCAAAUAUUAUUAUCGCAUGCAUCCAAAAGUGCGAAUGUAAGGAUGGUUUUAUGUAUUCCAAGAAAGAUGGAAAAUGCAUUAAAAAAGUUUGGUGGUACUGUGAAGGAGGAUAUUGCAAGCUUGGAAAGAAAGUCAUUGAUUAUGGCUGCAUGCUUACGGAUCGCGCAUGUGGAGCCAAUAUGAUGUUCGUCACUGUGCAAAGAAAUACUGAAUUUUGUAUUCAAGUAUGCAAGUGCCUAAACGAUGACUAUAUCGAAAACGAUGGGCAAUGUCUCAAUAAGCAAAAAUUAACGGAUCAUACAACAACCAAACAUAUUGCCAGUAAGCGACGUCGAAAACUCAUUGGAGUUGGCUUUAUUUUCGAAGAUUUUGGUUGUUUUUCAAUAAAUAGUACAUGUGGAGCGAAUAUGAUCCUUCGACCAUUCCUUCAUUUCCACAAUAUAACGGAUUCAAGAUGGCAUGAGAAAUGUGUGCAUCGUUUUUCGUGUAUAAACGAUGAAUACAUGGAGAAAAAUAAACAAUGUGUUAAGCAAAUGGUACCAACUGCGAAUUCACCUAAAAAGGUGACCGCUGCGAUUAAUCGACCAUGUUUUACGAAUUCAAAAUGUCAACAUGGCGAUACUAUAGUCGAUGUGGGAUGUCAAUUAAGCGGUCAAAAAUGUGGAGUUAAUAUGGAAUUUAGUCCAUUCACUCUUAAUUUACCAGUGAAUACGUGUAUACAGAAUUGCCUGUGCGACGAUGAAAGUUUUGUAUCAAAUGAUGAACUGUGCAUUAAACGAAAUUCUUUAUUGGGCGACAAUCUUGUUGAUAAAUCGAAAAUAAGAGAGAAAAGACGCACUCUACUAAACUGUAUGAAUCGAAAAUGUUUACUUUAUCAAAAAAUCGUUGAUUAUGAUUGUACAUUACAAGGAUAUUCAUGUGGACCGAAUAUGACGUUCCGAACAAUUGCCAAAGAAGAAUUCAGGGAUGCAGAAAUUACUGGUGUUUCAUGCACAGUGAUAUGUGAUUGUGCUAACGAAUUUUACGAAAAGAAUGGAGAGUGCAUUGCAAAAGAACGCAUUCCUCUUCAGUCUAAUCCAUGUUCAAGACGAAUUUGUACAGUUGGUGAAAUAAUUUUUGAUGAAGAUUGUCAUUUAACUGGACAUCGAUGUGGAAGAAAUAUGAUUUUCGAUGUCGUUACACGCGGAACAAUAUUUGCAUCAAACUCACAAUAUUGUUAUCAACGUUGUAGUUGCAAAAGUGAAGAAUUUGUUGAAAAAUUUUAUCAAUGCGAAAAAAAAGAUAGAAGUUAUUUAAAGAAUGGAAUAUUUCAUAUCGAUUAUAUAAAACAUUGCCGUCAAAAUAAUGAUAAAUAUGAGAAAGAAGUUUUUGAUUCGGGUUGCCGUUUAGCUGGUCAAAAAUGCGGAGCCAAUAUGGUAUUUAGUACUAUCCAAAUAUUUGCUUCUAAUCGUAGUUCAGAAAAUAUUUUCGACUGCAUACAGCGAUGCAUUUGCGCCGAUGGUUAUGAUUAUAUUGAAGAAAAUGGAGAAUGUUUUAGAGAAUGGUAUUGUGAAGGAGGAUACUGCGAAUACGGAAAGAAAAUUUAUGAUUAUGGUUGUGCGCUUACCAGCUUUAAAUGUGGAAUCAAUAUGAAAUUCGUUACUUUGCUAGAAGUUGAUGAUGGAAAUUGUGUCCAAAUGUGCAGCUGCGCCAGCGAAAAAUAUGUUCAAAUAAAUGGCAAGUGCAUGAAAGCCGGUGAAACGUCAAAAUAUCCAUCUAUUUCGGGUUCGACCAAUUUUAUGAACUGA